AUGGCACUAGAUGGUGAUAUUCUCUAUGUCUGUGAAGUCUUCACUCGUAAAGCGCAACAGUUUCUUUCACCAAAAUGCCAGGAAUCGUUAUGGACAGGAAUACUGGAUCUACCAUUGGUACCACACCCCAUGGCAGAUGGAUUGAUCAGCAACAGUCAGUUGGAAGCUGAAAUAGAAGCUGCUCGUUUGAGAGUGACUGACUGGACACGACUUCGACGGCAUCCAAGCCGAAGCCGAAGUCUUAGUCAUGCUAGUGUUUCAACUACUGCUAGUAGUUUGUUAAGCUGUAGUACAAUUGAAAGUGGUGCAACAGAUGCUUCAUUUUUGAAUGUUGCAACAGACGGUACUACAGGUUCAUCGUGUCAUUCUUCCUGUUCAUCUACAUGUGGUAUUCAACUUCCUUCAGAAAUGGCAGCCAAACUCAGUGCAGCUACACUAAUUUCAGCAUUUUUAGCAGCAAGUCAUGAUUUCAAUCAAGAGAAAACCCAAGAUUCCACUGCUGCAGAUAAACUAACUCAGCCUGUUAGAGCCCAAACACCAGAUCAGUUCUCAUCAUCCAGUAGAUCUCGUUCCAACCGAUCAGCCUCACCUUCAUCUCACUAA